AUGAGACUAGUGGACCUCUGUCUGCUCUCUGCCGUGUGGCUUUUGCGACACAGCCAGUAUCAAGGUCACGGCCAGGAGCUGCUCCUUGCCGAGCUGGCCCGUCCCCAGGACGAGAUGAAGACCCAGCUUCUGGCCAAAGCCACCAACUAUGUGGUCCGUACCUUCAUAGCCAACAGGAUGAACACAAUGGUCGUCCGGCAGGACUGUAGGGGUUGUUCUGGUGAGAAGCUUCACCGCCAAAAAACUAUAGUGGACCAGGUGCUGGCCAGCCUGGCGCCGAAUAUCAGUGUGGUGCUUCACAGCGGUAGUCUCAUGGAGGAGACUUCUUGGGACUACACGCUUUUUGUAGUCAACUCCCAGAACGAGUUCAUUUUUCUGGAGGUAAGCUUCCCGGACGACCUUGUGGAGCGGGAGUACUUUUUUGUGGUGGUGGUGACAGAGUUCGACUCGCCUGACACCGUCGAGGACACUGCUAGCCGGAUAAUCGUGGCCAGCCUGCGGCAUCCGGUGAUCAAUGUGGUGGUGGUGAUUCAGAUCCCCGAUGGCACGGUCGCCAUUUACGCCUACUCGCUCUUUCAAAUAAACUGCACCGCCGGCAUAACCAUCCAGCGGAUCAAUCACUUUGAUCUGGUCACCGGAGAGCCUCUCCAGCCCAUGGCCGAACUCUAUCCUGUGCGACGGGGUCACCUGGGGAACUGCGUCCUCAAUGUUACUGCCAAUCACAUGCCGCCGCACUUCAUCUACGACAAGUGGACAGAGGAGCGCGACUCCCAUCCGGACGACCAGGUGGUGGACCUCAAGGAUGUCUCCGGCAUUGACUGGGAGGUUCUGCAGCUGCUUUCCAAGGCUCUGAGGUUUAAGGUUCAACUGCUACUGCCCAGCGAACCGAGCCAGAUCUUUGGCGAGGGCAAUGUCACAGGAAGCUUUGCGCAGUUGGCUGAAGGACGUGCCCAGCUGGCUAUUGGAGGGCUGAGUGGAUCGGACAAAAGGAGGUGGCAGUUCUCCAAGUCUACGGUCUACUAUCAAAGCCAGUUCGUGAUGGUGGUGCGGCGUGAUCGGUACAUGGGACGCUUCGGAGCUUUGAUGCUGCCCUUCCGAGGCAAAGUGUGGUCCGUGAUUAUCCUGAUUUUCGUUACCGCCUUGGUGACCACCUUCAUCCUGAGCACUCGUCUGCGAUUGCGGUAUUCUUUGGAGAAUCUCUUUCUUAUGAGUUUGGGAAAUCCCAUACCGAUGCACAGGCUGCCAGGAACAGGGUUCCUGCGCUAUCUCGUGGCCAGCUGGCUGCUGCUCACCUUGGUCCUGCGCUGCGCCUAUCAGGCCCGCCUCUUCGAUGUCCUGCGCCUGCAGCACUACCGCCCCCUGCCCACGGACGUGGCCGGCCUGAUUGGCGACAACUAUACCUUGGUCUCGAAUGGCUACCACGACUUCUAUCCGACGUGGAUGACCCGCCGGAUGUCCGAGUCCUUCUCAGCCCGUUUUGACCGGGUCCAGGGCGCCGCUCCAGGCAAGCGAUUGACCACCAUUGCCCUGGUCACCAACCUGGCUUACUGGAACCACCGACACCGAAACACCACCCAGCUGACCUUCGUCCGCCGGCCGAUCUACACCUACCAGCUGGUCAUCUACUUUCCGCGGCGGUCCUUCCUCAAGCCGGCGGUGGACCGGAAGCUGAAGCAGCUCCUCAGCGCCGGGGUGAUAGCCCAGAUCGGGCGGCGGUACCUGCGCUACCUGAGCGACGAGGACUUGGUCGGCAACCGGGAGCUCCUGCCGCGGGUCACCAACAAGAUAAUGGGCGGCGCCUACCGCAUGCACGCGAUAGUCAUUUUUGUGGCCACCGUGGUCUUUGUCCUGGAAAGGAUCUCCACCAGAUGGGGGUGGUUGAGGCGCCUAUUCGAGAGGUUAUAA